AAGUUAUAAAACCUCAUCUGUUAACUGGAAAGUUAAACAUUGCUGCUUAUUCGGCUUUACCUUUACACAGACUGUAGAAGAUGGAGGUGACGAGUCAGCCCAGAGCAUUCGCUCCCUCAGACUUCCAGACGGGACUGUGCGAGUGCUGUGACGACUUCAGUGUCUGUCUGUGUGGGACGUUCUGUAUCCCGUGUCUCGGCUGUAGCAUCGCCAGUGACAUGGGAGAGUGCUGUUUAUGUGGACUGGGAAUGCCCAUCCGCAGUGUGUACAGAACCAAAUACAACAUCACGGGCUCCAUGUGUAAUGACUUCAUGGUUAGUUACUGCUGCUUUCUCUGCGCUACCUGCCAGCUGAAGAGAGACAUCAACAGGAGGAAGCAGCAGGGCAUCUUCUGAACCUCAUGAAGAGAAAUGAGCUGCGCUUCCCCUCAGGCUGUCUUAACAGAAUCGUGCUUAAAGUAUAAACAUGUCAAAACUAAAGGGAUCAAUCACAAUGGAUUCAAUUUUUGUGUGUGUGUUUUUCUUAAUAGCGUAAUUGUUGUUAAAACACUUUACAGCAGCUCAAACACAGGGACAUGUACAGCACACACAGUGCUCAUGAACUGAUUAAAUAAAUGUUUUUAAUCAACUUUC